UGGAGCGAAAACUCUUGCACAUUGGAUGAACUACGCUGCAAAAACGGAGAAUGCGUUGACAAGGAUCAAGUGUGUGUCUAUAACAAGGACGUCAACCACUUAUCUACGGGAUGUAGAGAUUCCACCCACUUGGAAAAUUGCAAUGAUAUGGAAUGUCCUAGUGGAACCGUGAAGUGCCCUGGAACCUACUGUAUAACAAAACAUCUACAAUGCAACACUAUCUGGGACUGUCCAAACGGAGAGGAUGAGAUCGAAUGUGAAUCGUAUGAAUGUCCCGGAAUGUUUCGGUGUCACAAGUCUCAAGUGUGCGUUUCCCGUUCUCAGAGGUGUAAUGGUAUUAUUGAAUGUCCAGAAGCAGACGAUGAAAUGUAUUGUAAUCUCACCUGCCCAACAGGAUGUAUAUGUGUUGGUCUGUCAGUCACCUGUCAAUAUGUACUGUGGGAUUUUUCUAUGGCAGUUAUGGUACCUUCUUCAACUAAAUAUUUAUCAGUAUCAAGUGUAGAAUCACCGCCUGUUCGUGUUCGAAAGUCGUCAUUGUCAACAGUUGAAGAUGUCUUGAAGGUGGAUUUGACUCAAUUUCAAAUGCUUAUAUUAAUGAACAUUUCGUCAAAUGGGAUUGAGACAAUUGCUGAAUCUACCUUUGUAAACCAAGUGAAUUUAGAUACUCUUGUGCUGUCUGGCAAUCAAAUCACGAGCCUUGAAGCAGGAUGUUUUGACGGUCUCAAGAGACUCACAAACUUGUUUAUAGAUAAUAAUGGAUUGGUGAAGAUUGGACCAGGAGUUUUCAUCUACACACCUAUUUUGAGUACUUUGCAUGUUGAAAACAAUCGUUUGGAAGAAUUUCAAUCCGAUAUGUUUGAUGAUCUCAAUUUCUUGAAUAAUCUAUAUACUGAUGACUACCAAUUCUGCUGCAUGAUCCCAAAGGUAACAAAUUGCGAACCACCUCCUGACAUAUUUUCAUCUUGUGAAGACUUGAUGCGAAUAUCAUUCCUUCGUGUGAUGAUGUGGAUUUUAGGCUUAAGUGCCCUUGUGGGGAAUGCUUUCGUAAUUUUCUGGCGGGUGCGAGACAAGUGUACACGCAAUGUCCAGUCCUUUUUAAUAACAAACCUUGCAAUAUCUGACUUCUUAAUGGGUGUGUACAUGAUUAUAAUUGCUGGUGCAGACGUCCAUUAUCGAGGACAGUAUGCUGUGUUUGCAACCGCCUGGAGAUCAAGUUUCUUGUGUAGUUUUGCUGGAGCACUGUCUAUGAUUUCAAGUGAGUUUUCGGUGUUUACAUUGGUGAUUAUCAGUCUUGACAGAGCUAUUUCAGUAGGAUUUCCCUUCAGUAGUUUGAAAAUCACCCGCAAACGAUCCUACGUUUUAAUUUGUGUUGGCUGGUUUGUUGCAAUUACAUUAGGAUUAUUGCCAAACUUUAGGAUUUCUUACUUCGGUGACGACUUCUACGGGCGUCCUAGUGUUUGCUUGGCGUUACCGCUAACAAAGGUGCGUUUAUCUGGAUGGGAAUAUUCAGUGGCAAUCGUAUUGAUUUUAAAUUUAUUUAGUUUUCUCAUCAUAGCCGUCAGUUACGUUUUCAUGUACAUUGUCGUAAAAAAGACAGCUGCCUCAGCCAAAAGAAAUGUCGCCAAUCGCACUGACGUCAAAAUGGCAACCAAGAUGGCGAUGAUCAUAUUCACCGAUUUUUGCUGCUGGUUGCCGAUAAUCAUGAUGGGGAUUGUUGCUCAGAUAGGCUCUUGGGAAAUUCCUGUGGACGUUUACGUUUGGAGUGCUACUCUGAUACUACCGAUUAAUGCGUCACUCAAUCCAUAUCUGUACACCAUAUUUUGGAUAAACGAUGCAAAAAAACGUAGGCAGAAGUUGAGCUCAAUACAACUAACUGAACACUCACUCAGUCGAUCAACAGCGAAAAAUGACACACAUUCGUUUGCAGUUAUAUUUGACAGCAAUAUUUCCAGGGACUCAAUGUUGACAAAAAAUCGCAUAUUUUCAAAACAACAAAUAGUCGAAGUAGAGCGUGAGCUAAAAAGAAGCCUUCAGUUUAUGCACGAUAGAAAUAUCUAUCAUGGUCAUGUGACACAUGAAAACAUCAUUAUCUACGAGGAACAGGGCAAGAUUCGUUCAAUUCUUCUAACAAAGAAUGCAGAGUACAAUUCAAAUGAUAAACAAGAUUUAGGUUCAGAAGACUUGCAGCAACUUUCCACAUUCUUAAAGGAUUUGCAAGAUGGAAAGUACAACAACAGUGAUAAAGAGCAAAACAACACCAAUCUAUGAUUUGCAUAGGCAAGUGUUCUGUCCUUAUCUUGAGCAUGUAUUGGCACGUAAUGAUAACAUAACUCAUCCUGUAUUGCGGCAGAUACAGUAAAUACAUGGUCGGUCAGGUAUGUAGUGUAUGUAGGACGUAAUCCAGUACAAUACUUAAUUUUAUCUUUCAAAAUUUAAAUUAUCACAAAACAAUUUUAAUAUUUUAUCGUUUUAUAAGCUGAAAUCAACUAAAUAUUGAAUUUCAAAUCAAGACUGAUUUUAUGAUAGUAAAAUUAUUAUGUAGGCCUAUCUCGUAUUAAUGUGAAAAUAUUUGUAUGUUGGUAUUAAAAUGUUGUUGAACUAUUUUAGGGUCAUUAUCGAUACUGUAGAUUUACAGUUUCUGCUAUUAUUUCUUUUCUAAUAAGUAUUAUUAGGUCGUACACAAUGUUGGGGAUAUAUUAUUCAUUAUAAUAUUAUAAUCUAUCACUGAUCUCGCCACUUUCAUUAAUCCAAACAUAUCAGCCAAAUCAAUGUUUAGUAACUAGGCCAAAAUAGUGAAAUUAAAAAGUAAACAACGAAGGCUUAGGAAUAAAGACUCUUAUAGAUAAUUUUUUAGCAUAUGUAAUUGUAAAUCUUAUCAUGGAGGUAUUAUUGAGAAGAUCACUCAGCAACAGAUCCUUUGUCGCGACAAACCAAUGUGUUCCCCACGCUUUUAGAUCGCCCGCGGGCGUAUUACCCUAUAGUUCACAUUUUUUCGUUAGCAACAACUUGGCAACGUCAUGCGUUAUAUGCUUCAGCACAGCAGUUGUGCGAUAAAGCCUUUGAUUUUAACCCAUUAAAUAUCUUUAUAAUAAACAAUGUUCCCCUGAUUGGAUUUUUUCUGACUUUUAGUAUGUUGUUAUGUGUGUAUUUCAGGAACAGAUUUCGCAAAAUAUUUCUGUUA